UAGUUAUGUUUUCUGUUAUUACAGAUUAGCAGAGGAUGGAUAUUGGGCCCAGAAUUGUGUGACAUGUGGACUUCGAGUGAUGUGUUGUGCUGCACUGCUUCGAUACUUCAUCUCGUCGCUAUAGCUGUUGAUAGGUAUUGGGCCGUCACUAACGUCGAUUACAUUCACACGAGAAACGGCCGACGGAUAGUGGGCAUGAUUGUCGUGGUGUGGUGCGUUGCGCUGGUGGUGUCGUUGGCUCCGCAGUUUGGCUGGAAGGACCCGGAUUACUUGGAUCGCAUCAAUAUCCAACAGCGGUGCAUGGUUAGCCAAGACAUUGGCUAUCAGAUAUUUGCUACGUGCUCCACAUUUUACGUGCCUCUGCUGGUCAUCCUCUUCCUCUAUUGGAAAAUAUUCAAAAUAGCCAGGAGAAGGAUUCGCAGGCGAAGAGCUCAGAGAAACGCAAUGCUCGAACACUCGAGGUUGAAGAAGGCGCCGGUGGACGACGCGGCCGCUGAGCCCAAGAAAUGCGGUUUCUUUCGGAAGGCCGUGUUCCUACGCAUCAAGAAGAAAAAACAAGUGGAAGAGGCGGCCGUGUGCUCGAGCAUCGGGCUGAUCGACGGCCAUUCCAGCUGUUCCAUGCCGGAAUCGUCGCAGGACGGCGGCGGUGGCGGUCAGUCAAAAGCGGGAAACGGGAGCGGAAGCGGUGGUUGCGGGAGCGGAGGCGAGGAGAACAAAACCACCGCGUUCACGAUCACCUCGAACCACAAUCACGGCGCGACCACGGCCCCCGCUCAGCACCAGCACCAGCACCAGCAUCACCAGCACCAGCAUCAACAGCACCACAAUCAGCUGCAGCCUCCGGUCAUCGAGGACGACGGGCCCACCAUGACGGACCCAUCGGUCGGCUGCGGCGGCGGCAUCGGCGGCGGUGGUAGCGGUAGCAGCGGUGGCCGGCACACGGUGAUCGAGAUGAACGUGAACCGGAUGAGCGUGCCCGCGGCUGCCCGGGUCAAGCCUAAGCGCGAGAAGAAGGAGUCGCUAGAGGCGAAGCGAGAACGGAAGGCGGCCAAGACCCUGGCCAUCAUCACCGGCGCGUUCGUCGUGUGUUGGCUGCCGUUCUUCAUCAUGGCCCUGGUCAUGCCCCUAUGCCAGGACUGUGUCAUCAACGAGUACGUAUCCAGCUUCUUCCUGUGGCUGGGCUACUUCAACUCCACCCUCAACCCAAUCAUCUACACCGUGUUCAGUCCCGAGUUCCGGUUGGCCUUCACCAAGAUGAUUUGCGGCACCACGUACCGGAGAUAGUGCGCGCCACCGUCACCGGUACCGUUUCAAAAGAUCCGUAUUCACGGCCAUUAUCGUCACGUACGCGUAAUCGUAAUAAUAAUAAUAAUAAUAAUAAUAAUAAAAAUAAUUAUAAUAAUAAUUGUAUCGCGUUUUAUCCGCAGAUUUUAAAACACUAAGAAUGCCAUCGCCUUACAGUUGUACACGAUUGAGACCGCAGAUAUAGAUAGUUAUCUGGAUUACAAAACCGUUCGAACGAAUCAUUUUAGACUUUUUUUUUUCGUCUAUGAGAUAAUUGGAACGUAAUACAUGUAGACACGUUAAAUUAUCUUUAAAUCUAAUUGAACAAUAAUAACAAUGAACCCCAUUUAAAAAGUAUACCUAUGGGUCAUCGUCGAACCAUACCGUCGUCUGGUUUAUUAUUAUUUACAUAACUUCUGUAAAAAUGGACGGUAAUUUCACUUUUGAAUGCAAGUUGCCGAUCCGGUUCGUUGUGUAUGUUGUCUGCGAACGAGGCAACCCACCGGCUAUCGUACCCAUCGAGCCAAGCAUAUUAAAUAUGCACAUCAAAUUUUGAUAGACGGUAUCGCUCUGCGACGUAAAACCGCAGCGGUAGAUGUAGCGUGCUCGUGCGGUAGCGGAGAACUUUUGACAGGCUCGCGUACUGGUGAGAUCGACGUGGCUAUAACAACAACAGUAAAGAUAAUAACGGCACCUCUUUGCAGUCGUUCACGGGUUCUUUUUGGGCGUGGGGAAGCGAUACGGAAAUCGCACUUCUACACGCGUACCCUAUUGGGGGGGAGGGCGAUUCGUUCGGUCGUCUGUUCUGGGCAAACGACCUGUCCGCGCAGCCGUCCGGCUUGAUCGAUAAGUGUCUUCCCCCCCCCCUACGUGACAGCCAAAAACCGGAAACGUUCGGUUGCGGGUGUCUAUGGCUUCGGCGUUGGACUUAUACGAGUUGGACGUACAAUGCGACUCGAAAAAAUCUUGCGCGGACGGGAGAAAGGGGAAAAAAAGAGAUACUACGACGUGAAUCGGGUGACGUGUCCGUGCGCCGGGCCAACGUUCGACCGACCUAACCAACGGGAACGGCGGCUCGCGCAGAACGGUGACGAUGGGUCCGAAGGGUUUCUAGUGCCACCGGAAUUUCACCCACAUGACGGGGUCGGGGCUACCGCGUUUCGCGAGACCAAUAUAUUAUGUUUCGAUAACACCUCUCGGCUGCGACCACGCUGGUUCCUUGUUUUAAUCCUUUUCAACCCGUUACUUUAUUAUUGUUAUCGUUAUUACAAGGGAGUUUAAACAACGAGAUAUUGUUAUUGUUAUGUUGCUGUCAUAUGAUUAUUGUUGUUAUUAUUAUUAUUAUUAUAGUAAUUAUCAUCUGCAACAUUGCUCAGCCAUCGAGUCGAAUAAAGGAUAAUAAAUAUACCUGUACAGUGUAUACCGACUGUACAUACCCAACGUCCUGACCUACACAAACGUUUUAUGAACUUGGUCGAAAACGUCUUCCUGUCGACAUGAAACGAUGUCGUGGUGAUAUGAAGUUAAAAAAAAAAGAAAAAUCGGACUUUUUGUACUUUCUUUCGCGCAAAACCUGUGUAAAAAUCAUAUAAGUAUGUAUAUAUAUAUAUAUAUACGUAUAUACAUAUUAUUAUAUUUUAAUCUUAUCACACUCUUUAAACGGAUUCCGUGAUGCGGAGCGUUUUUAAUCACAUUGAUUCUGUUUUAUAAACCUUCACAAUAGUUAUAACAUCGCGGGUGAUAAAAUAAGAAAAUGGCAAUUUUUUUUCACAUUUCUCUCAUUUUCUUUUUAGCGUUUUAGUUUUCAUAUAAU